AUGUCUCCUAAAAACAUCCAACCAGAGGAAAGCAAAGGAGGGGAAAACAGCCCAGUGAAGACAAAACUGAAGUCAGCCGAGCAGGUGGAAGCAUCGAAGCUGCAGGUCAACGAUGCGGAGGAAAUCAUGGCGUCAUUGAGCACUGGCCGCGACCCAUGGGAUUCAUACCUGAUUAGAACCAGGAUCUGGACAUAUCCGCAACACGUCGUUAUAGGGCCGACUCUGUUUGAUAUUCCUGCCGAAGAGGUCUUCUUCUUUGGCAUCCAGACUUACAUCUCAACUUGUCUCCAGAUACUCCUCAGCAAGCCGGUGCUCACUGCAAUUCAUUUGCAUAAUGAAGCUGACUCACUGGACCCUGUUGGCAAGUCUCUCUUGCCCUGGAAGCGAGCAGGUCAGCUCGUUUUUAGCUUGGGUUUGGUGGUUCCAAUCCUGCUCCGAGAAAGUAAUGCCGAAGGCCAUUACAUGCGACUGAUCCUGAUUUGGGCUUGCCCGGUAAUGUUGAUGCUUUGGACAUUUGCCUACCAGCUACUUCUCACGAUGCCGUGGACUACAACCUGGUUACCUAUCGCCGCACCGACUUUAUAUCUGUGGAUCGUCGAUACAUUGGCUCUCCGCCGAGGCACCUGGAGUAUCGAAUCAGGCACAAAGCUCAGCAUUCAGGUCUGGCCUCAUUUGGAAUUAGAAGAAGCCGUCUUCUUCCUUCUGACAAAUACCCUUAUAGUGUGGGGGGCGACUGCGUUUGACAACGCCGUGGCUAUUCUCGACUCCUUUCCGGGGAAUUUCCCCACGGUCCCCGGCAUCCCUCCUCCGACCUUGAUGUUCAAAGCUCUAUUUCUGGCCACUUCAAAAUAUGACACUGCGCGUCUCCACGGCUUGCGAAAUGCACACACAGUUCUUGCUAAGAAAAGCCGAUCAUUCUACCUGGCCUCGGGAGUCUUUGUGGGUCGUCUGAGAAUCGACCUGAUACUCCUCUACGCGUUUUGCAGAGUGGCUGAUGAUCUGAUUGACGACGCGCCUUCUGCAACUGAGGCAAGUAAAUGGGUGCAAUAUUUUACCCACUUCCUUGAUGUUGCGUACUCACCGAAAAGGGACGAGAACCGAUUACAGCAGGCUCUAGACCCAUUCCCACCCAAGGCACGGUCUAUCUUACGACUUCUUCCCACGGACAAGUUGCCCUCGGCGCCGCUCUACUCGCUUCUAGAUGGCUUCCGGAUCGACCAGAAAUUCUUUGAUGCAGAAUCUAGGCGCAAUCCCCCCAUUGCCACUUUUGCUGACCUUGAACGAUAUGCAAGCUGUGUCGCGGGUACGGUCGGUGAACUCUGUUUGAACCUUGUCUACUAUCAUGACCCCGAUCAAGGAACACAGACAGAUACAAGACAACAGUGCCUCACUGCUGGUGCGAAAAUGGGCCGAGCCCUGCAAUACAUCAACAUUGUCCGAGAUGUCAAGACAGACGCCGAUGCCGGACGAUGCUACAUUCCUAGCGAGUGGCUUGAUAAUUCAACGCAAGGUUUAGCCGUAUUUCGAGCCGACCAAAUUGCGCUCCAUAGAAGGACAGUCUUGGACGUUGCAUUCGCCAUCUACGCUGAGAAUAGAGAUGCAAUCGAGGCGCUGCCCUAUUAUGCGCGAGGUGGCAUCCGUGUCGCGGUCGAGAGCUACAUGGAAAUUGGCAGGGUGAUGCGCGAGCGAAUGCAGCAGGGCAGGCCUUUAGAUUUUGCUGGUGGUGGCAAGAAGGGACGAUCUAGCGUCCCCAAGCCGAGGAGGAUAUGGGUUGGAUGGAAGACAAUGAUGGGGAGGAGGGGUGCUGUGUGA